GUGGGAGGCCGCUUUCAGCGCUUUUGUUUUUCGUGCAAAUCAGAAAAAACAAAAUGGUGACUAUUUAAUUGAAUGUUUUAUUUUGUAUUUUACUGCACACUACAAAUAUAAGUAAAUGUUUAUGAGACUACACCAAAAUUAUAACUUUCCUGAGUGGAAUAGUACAUGUGAUCAUGGCUGUUUAUAUUAAAACAAGAAAUUAGGGUAAUUUUUGCAGUACGGGAACCAAAGAAAACGUAGAGAUGAAUGUGAACCUGUUGCUCUGGCUCUGUUGGGUGGGAUUGUGGAAUCGCUAGUUUAGCAAAUACUGUUUUUCUGCAUUAUGAGGGAAAUGGUAGGAGGCUGUUGUGUUUGUUCUGACGAUAGAGGCUGGUCUGAGAAUCCCCUUGUGUACUGCGAUGGACAAUCUUGCACUGUAGCUGUUCAUCAAGCAUGUUAUGGUAUUGUAACUGUUCCAACUGGUCCGUGGUAUUGUCGUAAAUGUGAAAGUCAAGAGAGAUCUGUCAAAGUGAAAUGCGAGCUGUGUCCCAGCAAAUAUGGCGCUCUCAAACGUACCGACAAUUCGGGUUGGGCACAUGUUGUCUGUGCUUUGUAUAUUCCAGAAGUGCGAUUUGGAAAUGUUACUACUAUGGAACCGAUUCAGUUGCAGUUGAUUCCUGCUGAACGAUUUAAUAAAGUUUGCUAUAUUUGCGAAGAGAAAGGGAAACCGUCUAAUGCAGCUGUAGGUGCUUGUAUGCAGUGCAAUAAGGUUGGUUGCAAGCAACAAUUUCACGUAACUUGUGCCCAAGGAUUAGGACUUCUUUGCGAAGAAGCCGGAAACUAUUUGGAUAACGUUAAAUAUUGUGGCUAUUGCCAACAUCAUUACAGUAAACUGAAAAAAGGUGGUAACGUCAAAACGAUUCCUCCUUACAAACCAGUUGCCAACGAGGCACACAACUCCGACUCCAAUUCCGAAAAGGAACCGGAGGGGGGUCCUUCGAAUUCCAAAGUCGGAAUUUCACCACCCUCGUCCGGUAAACGGAAAGCCAUCCAAGGAGGAAGCAAAGCUCCGGCGACAAAAAACUCCGGUAAAAACACUAACUCCCAACAACAACAGAAAACCGUCCACAAUAAUAAUAAAGCUAGUGACAAAACUAAAGUGACAGUGAAAAGUGGAAAGAGCGAGGAGACUCCUCCCGCCGAUAACGCCGAAUCGAACAAAAAAGACGUGGAAAGUGAACAGAAAGAAGUGAAAGACACUAAAGGUUCAAAAAAGCGAAAAGCUAAUUCAAGGACGCCCACUCCCGUGAGUAGCGGGAAUUCUAGUGAAGUAAGUGUUGUGACGACAGUGACCCUUACUGGUACAUCAACUAUUAACACAACCAGUACUAUAACUAGUGACAAAAAAAGUACUGUAAGUGAUAGUGCAGAUAAGACGAAAAAAGCGAGGAUCGAAACAACACAAGCAAUAAUAUCCAACCAGCCCGUGGUGGCUCUCACGUCGAUAUCUCCCACCAAAACAAUAGUUCAACCCACAACUUCUGAAUCGUUACCAACAGUCAGUACACCACCUGUUGUGUCAACACCACCAGUCAUUCAGACAACGCAAGUGAUAUCCCAGUCGCUUGUAGUGUCAGUGCCACUUGUAAAUACAUCUCUCAGUCCCCACAAGGCGAUUGUCAACAAUCAAACUAGUGUAGUUACGCCUGUAUCUCAAGAGAGAAGUAGCAGUACAGGGAGUGCGGAGAGAAGCACACCUGUUAUAAUUAAUAAUAUGAUUGGUGGUAACAGUAAUCAAGAAAUGCUCACCCCAGACAUGAAUUCGGGAGGCCUAAAAAUUACAUACGAAAAACAACCCGAUUCUAUAAAUACCGAAGUCGAUAUGGAAUUGGAGCUUGAUACUGCCCCUUCUGCCAAUGUUGAAGUACCUGCCAAAAGAGGAAGAUCUCAGUCGCAGUCCAACGACAAGAGUGAUCGCUCAAGCCGAAACAGAAAACGAAAUAGUACCGGAACCACCUCAACGCCAGUUCCUACCCCACCUUUACCAAAUAACACUACAGUUCCUAAAAGAUCUAGCAGAUCACACGCUUCCACCCCGCCUACGGAACCUCCUGGGGCUUUCAGUUCUAUAGUACCUCCGUCGCAGAUUAAGGAAUCGCCUCCCAGUAGUCCGAGCUCGGAGAGUCAAAGUGGAGCUCCUGUUGGUCGAAGGACGAGAGCAAGGAAAAGCGAUUCUUCAGUGGUGGCAGGUGGCUCUGGAUCAUCUAAGGAUAGUAAAGAUGUUAAAGUUUUUCAGAAUGGCAUAGCCGCACCCCAUAUGUUAGGCAACCAGUUAAAUCCUAAUUCAACGAUGCAUUCUAAAAUGAAUGACCAUCUUACCAAUGAAUUAGAGGCUCACAGCAUAUUUAAUCCAAAUGAAAGUAGUUCUAGUCUUCUAGGACCUCAAUUACACCAUCGAGUACUGCAGCAACAAGCGCCGAGAGAAAGAGAAAGAUACUCUGAGAGUGGCGAUGUCGUCCAAGUCGAAACCAACGCUAUUAAUUUACAGGCAAGAGCAAGUAGUACGGGUUCUAGCACUGCUUCUGGAGGUAGUGGACUGUCUUCUAUGCUUGGCGGCGGAGGUGGUACUAUACCGCAGUCCUUGGAUCAGUUACUCGAAAGGCAAUGGGAACAAGGAUCUCAGUUUUUGAUGGAACAAGCUCAACAUUUUGAUAUUGCUUCUCUCCUUUCUUGUCUGCAUCAGCUUCGAGCAGAAAAUUUGAGGUUAGAAGAACACGUGAGCUCGUUGGUACGAAGAAGGGACCAUUUACUUGCAAUUAAUGCUAGGUUAGCUCUUCCUCUCAACAGCCAACCACCUGCUGCUCCCCUUUCGUCGCAUCCGCACACAGUUAACAAUAUCCAUCCAUCGGUGGCAGCUGUGCACGGAGAAGUUCCAAGGUCGAGGCAUAGCGGCGGGGUAUCCAGUUACCCCAAUCAUCCCCAAUCCACUGCGGAACAUCCGAUCGAAAACGGAUUACCGCCCGAGGCAUAUCCUCCCAAUUCCCACAGAAGCCGAAGUCCCGGGAGCCAACCGAGCCCGAAUGUACGACAUUCACCAGCUGGACCGUAUCCCAAUAGUGGUUUGCAGAGACAGAAUGCAGACGGGCGUUCUGCGUCUGCGCUGCGACCUCAGCCUUAUCUUAUGUACGAUAGGGCGGGGGGACCGCCAAUUUCAACACAACAACAGGUGGUAAUACGAAGGGAUAGAGGCGAAAGAGAAUUGGACAUAAUACACCAAGCCCCGUUGAAGCCCAGCUGAAACACAGCUCUAGAUCCUUCGUUUAGUAUUACUAGACUGUUAGACUUGCGUUGACAAAUCAUCGAAAUUAGAAUACAUUCUUUUGGGUUUGUGGCGAGUCCGGUUAAUCAUGAUUUUCUAUGUUGACGAACCAGCUAGUCAAUCAUUAUUUCAUGUAUCAUUUGGUCUGAUAGCCAGCUAAAUAAGGGUUUGAUUAUAAGAGUCGUAAGAGUUAUGAACAUUAUCUUUUUUAUAUAAGAGUAUGUAUUAACGAUGAAAUUCUCGAUAAGCUUAAUUGCUGUUGUUGGAGCUACGCAAACGAUAAUAUUUAUUUCUUUUAUAUAGUGUUGUCUAUUUUUGGGCCUAUCAAGUCAAAGGUCAUAGUGUCUUGAACUCUACCUUUCUACUGAUCCAGUCUCCAUUUUUUGUUUAGUUAUCUUAUAUACAGCUUCUAAGCUUACGGAACACUUUCUAGCAAUGUCUUUUUCCAUAUUUUUUCAUUGGUGUAGUGCCGACGAUAUCACAAACAUGAAAAAACUAACAAAACCGUACUAUAUAUCCUAAAAACAAACACAAAAAUAUGUAUAACUUAUAACCGGUAAACAAUAACCGGUAAAACGACUAAAAUGAGCUAUUAACUUAAUUCAAAAUGAUUUGUUAUGCGAUAACUAAGUAAUAUACAUCUUGGAUCUGUAUUAGAAUCUGAAUACUCCAAUUUGAAAUGGUUGCUGCUGAAACGCAGGCACUAUUAACAAUUAACAAAAUUGGUGUCCAGUUGGAUACAGUUUUCCUCCAAAAUAUGAGCAUACUUCUCUAUUCAUGCCUAUUUACAUUCACUGUUUUUCAAAUUUUAAAAUGUGGGUGCUGAUACAUUAGGAAAUCGAUCCGUUAAAUACGUAAACCGAUUCUUAAUAUUAUUUUUGACUGCGAAGAUAUAGGUUAUUUGUCAUACUAGUAUCGAUAUCGGUGUGUAUUCAACUUCUCCUAACGUUUAUAUAAUUUACAAGAAAUUUUUCGUGAAUUCCCAAGCAUCCACUUGGGCCAAGAUUACUCUGCGGUGUAUGGUACAAUAUGGUAUAACAAAUAAUCAUCCUGUUUUCUAUGAUAUAGUUUGACCGGUUUUUGAUUUGAUCUGCAGCCUUUACUAGGGUUUCCUCAGUUCAACAGCUUCGAUCAUACUGUCUUUGAUUUAGUAUAUGUCCAAGAUGUUCAGUACAAUAUCUGAGGACAUAACUAAAUAUUUCAAAAAAAAUCAAUAAAAACUUGUGGAAACUCACUAAACUUGUGGAAACUAACUAAACUGAAUUGUACACUAGAUGCAGGGUUGUCAGAGAUGUAUUUAAGUCCAAAAGUAGACUUCUGGCAUCUUAACCAUUUACUUACUUGUCUAUAUGAAGAAUUUUAAUGAUAAAAAUGAUUUUAAAUAGAAUUAAGAGUUAAAUAUUUCUUGAAUGGAAAUGAGAUAAUUAGAUUAUCGUUUAAACUCUCAAAUAGUCACUGUUAGAUCGAAACUACAGUUCAAUAAUAUUCACUCUCAUUAAUGCAUUAGAAAAGCAGAUUUUGCUAAUUUUAUGAUUUAUUUUAAAGUUAUUUUAAAAUUCGAAAUAAACUGUCAGUUUUUACUUUGUUUGUACUUGAAUAAUUAUCAUUUCGUACAAUAUAUUUUACUCAUUAUAUGAAAUAUUGUUCUGAAGCUAUUUUCAUGUGGCAUGUCAACAUUGUGAUUAAUUCCCACAACAAUAAAUCAAUUUUUGGAAUUCCACUGUAGGCAUAUUUUGGCAUAGUUUUUUUGACGUUUAACGUCAGAUGUCUUAUGAACGGUGAAAGUCACCAUAAAAUAAAAUGUCUGUCCCACGCGUAAAAUUUCCGUCUACAUUACGUUUUAUUUCAAAACGUUACGUAUUAUAUUAAAACGUCACGUUUCACGUAAAAUGUCAAGUUACACGUCGUGUACCUAACUUUACACUGAUCGGAUUCGGACAGGCCGGUCCACUGUGUCCACAAAGCUGCCCAAAGCAAAUACUACUUCCAAGUGAGUAUCAUGCGUUAUCACAACUGCAACAAUCAUUCUAAAGUUAUACUUUAUUACAAUCUAUCAAAUUUACAUCAAUGCGUGACAAUAGAUGUUUAAAUGUUAGUAUAAACUGUUUCAACUCCUAUGAUCAAACCCAAGACAUAAUCCUCGUAAGACUUUUGAUUUGAUGAGCGAUUGUCUGAUAAUUUUUUGAGGCUGAUCGUAAAUCGUAUGCCAAAAAUUUAUUAUAUUGAUGCUAUGUUUGCUAUUAAUUUUUAUCUAUACUUUCCAGAAAUUCCUUUACAGUUUCUAGAAAGUAUUAAGCGAAAAAUGAUCCUAUAGCCAAAUCAGCACUGAAUUGCUUGUAUGUACUGACUUCAUUUUGAAUUGGCUACUUUUUACAAAAAAUUUUUAUAUAUAUUGGUAUAGGUUUUUGUUGUUUUAUGUUUCUUUGUGCUACCGAUUAUGUGGUAGUAAAAUAUGGUGAUUAAAUUAAUUUUAAUGUGAUGUAUAUAUGUUGAAACCAGAUAUGCAUGCAUGCAUUCACAAAAUGAUUGAAAACUAUUAAAAAAUAUUCAUUUUACAACCAUAGUAGUUUUAUCUUUAAAGGGAAUUCAUGUCUGGAAUGUAUAUUUGUAUAUAAACAUUAGUAUCAAGAAUUUAAUUUUGAAAAUAUUGAUUUAGGACUGGUAUUUUUUCUUUCUAUGGUUGAAUAGUAACAAAAUCUUACUAUUUUCUGUAAAUUAUAUUAAAAAUAAUAGAUAUGUCAACUUAGAGUGGAUAAAAGAUGUAACCGAAUCUCUGGAAAUAUACAAGUAAAUUAUAAAACAAUACAAUGAGACAUACGGAAUUUCUUACAACAUGUUCUGCCCAUCUUCAUUUUUGUCUAAUAUGUUCGAUAAUGUCUUCCACUCCAGUUCGCCAAUUUUUCCGCAGGUGUUUUUGGGACAUGUCUGGCUGUGUCAUGUUAAUCUUAUUCUGUGGCUCAAAUACAUAUAUCUUUCCACAACUUCUAUGGGGAUUUCUUGAUUUCUAUUGACAUUUGUCAUCAUUUUUGUUUUCGCAUAGUUUAUCUAUAAACCGAUUUUCUGUGUUGCUGAAGUUGCAACAUAACUCUGGUUUCUGCUGUCUUCUGUUAUGGGAACAAUGUCAUUGACAUAUCGGAGAUGAUCUAUUUUCGGUCCAUUCGUGUUAAUACCCUUAGCAUUAGAGUCUCAAUCUAAUCUUUUAAAUGAGUACUUCAUGAUAUUCCAUAAAUCGUACUCCAUGAGUAUAGUUUUGACGGCAAAGUAUCAUAUAUGUAUAAUUGUGUCUUGGUAACGGUUUGUUGAUUGUACAAUCGGUAUGUCGCCAAAAUAUUACCAAUAUUUUGUUUUAUAAGAAAUUUUAUGAGGUACAUUGUGAACCGAACACAGUGCUUAUCUCUGAUGGUAUGACUACCCGAAGACGAAAAGAGAUAACUUUUGCUUCAGAUCAGAUUUAUUACGAUAAAUUAUCUUUACCAAUAAAUACAUCUGCAUGAACUAGUUGAUAGGAGCAACAAAUAGAAAAAAAUUUGUUUUCUAUAAAUCGCUCCUACUUUUGUGCGGGCUGGACUGUCUGUUCAUUACAGAAGUUGAUGGAACCAAAACCUCCACAGAUACAGAAAAAGUGAUCAAUGAUCCGUACUCUGCGUUAAAAGAUGGACGGGGGAAAAUUUUUAAACUGGAAGUUUACACAUCCAGAGAGCUUUGGAGGAGUCUCUGAAAUAAUAUAUAGGGAGAAAAUAGAAUUCUCCAUAUUAACUAAUUUGAAUGUAUCGGCAUAAAGGUAAAUUUUAGGUAAUAUUUUCUGUUUUCAACAUAUAUUAUUCAUGUUAUUCUCAAAUGUACAAAUUUUGUUUAUAGGGCCCAACUAAAUUUAAUUUUUAUCUUAGCAUGUACUUUUUAUUUUAGGUAAUUAUGUGCGUACUUUCAAUUAAAAACAGACUAGCCCAAUAUAAAAGGUUUCAUUUAUUGUUUUUGUUAUAUAGAUUACCGCUACUUUACAAAGUAAACGUUGUUUUAUUUGUUGUGAUAUUGAUAUUUUUUAUAGAAAAAUGAUUCAACAAAGAUGGCACUUAGCAAUGCACUUUAACAAAGUUUGUGAGUCUUUCUGGAACUUCUUCGUUUUGCUAUGAGCUAUGAGUAUGUAAGGUGGGUUGUGGGGAUCACACGUCACCCACACAAAUCACGCCCACCGAUGUCAUCAGCCACGCCCACUGAUGUCACAAGUGAUGCCCCGCGCCCCUUUUCAGCUUUUUGACACUUUUCGAGGCUUGACCUGUCGGUAAUAAAUUAACGACAUGUCAUAUGCCGAAAAAGUGUUGAAAAAGUCAGUGUUAGGAUGUGGUUUAUAACAUCAGAGUUACUAAGUCAGGUACUAAGUCAGAUUGAGCAAAGUUGAUCGUUUCUGAUCAACUUUUGGCCAGGUUAUCACUUCUCUAAGCUAUUUUCUCUGACUAAUAUUUGUAAUAAUUUAAUAAUUCGCUAUAAAACACAUGUUUUAUCAUGUAACGUAGUGGUGCUAAUAGAAUUGCGUUAUACACAAAAAAAUUGUUGAAUAUGCGAAGUGGACAGAAAUAAAAAAUAUUUAUUUUAAGUACAAAAUUCCUGUGUUCAAUUGCUUUAUUUAAAAUUUAUUAAAAAAAAGAUAAUUCUAAAAUAAUAAGUGCGAAAAUAUCGGCGGUCGAACUGUUUGUAUAAUCUGAAACAAUUAUUGGAAAAUAUAUAAAAAUACAGUAAGGUCUCGUUUUAUGCGGUAGAUACGUUUCACAGAAAAGCGCAUAUAAAAAAAUUGUAUAAAAAAAGACAUUACUUGUCUUGAAAAAGUAUAGGUACGUCCAGGAGCCUUCUAAAUGUGCAUAAAAUCAAGACAAAAACAAAAAAGUUUCCAGAAAUUAAAAGAAAUAGGCUGCAUGAUAAAUUACUUCGAAUAUCUGAAAGAAAUUCACACAAAAGUUAAAAAAAAAACUGGUUCAUAU